AAACCCAACAUUUUUUCUUAAACCCUAGCAAACCCUCUCGUUUCUCAGCUCAGUUUCCAUGGCUUUCGCUUCGAUUCUCCGCAAGUCAGCCAACUCGUUGGCUCCACUCGCGAUUCGAAUCACCCGAGUGCAAAGAAAUUACCACUCCUGCAUCUUCACGGCUUUGAGCCAAGGAUUACAGUCCCAGCAACUGGCCGUUAACCGGUUUUUCCCGAAUACCUUUCGUUUCUCGUCCGCCGCUGCUUCCAGGAAACCCUCUUCUGAUGAGUCUCUCAUCCGAGUUCUCGAGUCUGAGAUUCAGUGUGCUGAGGAGGAGGAUGGCGCUGGUCAGGUUGAAGGACCUCCAAGCGGGUUCCCCUUUGAAAUUGAGGAUACCCCGGGGAUUCAAACUGUAACAUUGAUGAGAGAAUACGAUGGUGAGCUCAUAAAAGUCGAUGUCCACAUGAUUGAUCACGGCAAUGAAGAAGAGGAAGGUGAAGACAAUGAAGGGGAUGACUAUGAAAAAGAAAACAAUAUAAGCAUCCCAUUGGUUGUUACUGUUUCAAAGAAAGAUGGUACAAGCUUGGAGUUCAACUGCACUGCUUCACCCGAUCAGAUUGCGAUUGACAGUUUGGGAUUUCGAGGUCCCAACCCUGAGGAUGAACUUGCCUAUGAAGGCCCUGAUUUCCAUGAUUUGGAUGAGAAUUUGCGAAAGGGUUUUCAUAAGUAUUUGGAGAUUAGAGGAAUCAAGCCAAGCACUACAAAUUUCUUGCAUGAGUACAUGAUGAACAAGGAUAACAGAGAGUAUGUCAACUGGUUGAAGAAUCUCAAGAAAUUUGUUGAAGCAUGAAGGGUUUAGAGAUUUGUUAAUGGUAGU